AGAAUCACAGAGUCACAGAGUCACAGAAUCACAGAGUCACAGAGUCACAGAAUCACAGAGUCACAGAAUCACAGAGUCACAGAAUCACAGGAUCACACAGAAUCACAGAAUCACAGAGUCACACAGAGUCACAGAGUCACAGAAUUACUGAGUCACAGAAUCACAGAAUCACAGAAUCACAGGAUCACACAGAGUCACAGAAUCACACAGAGCCACAGAUGCAGCAAGGCUGGAAGAGCCCUCAGCCCAUCCAGCUGAGCCAUCAGCCCAGCAGCAGCACAGCCACCCUGAGCCACAUUCCCAGUGCCACACAGGCCAGACUUGCCCCCUUUUGAUUUGCCUGGUUCAGGCUCACACGGACAAGGAUGCAUCUGUGCUGUGAAGGUCUCUGUGAUCCCCGGCUCCGAGGCUGCAGGAAUGAGGAUGUCAGAGCCUGCAUUCUCACGCCAGAAGCCCAGCUUUUCUGGCUUCCUUCCAGUCAAUCCCUGCUGCACAGCAGCUGCACAGAACUCCUCAAUGUCCUCAGAAUGGAGCAGAACAGCAGCCACGAGCAGCAAAGCCCUGGAAAAGCACUGGAUGGACUCAGCUCAACCACCGGGUCCCGGUGUGACCCCUGUGAGCUGAUCCUGGGGCGUGACACGCAGCUGAGACGAGCAGGGCACUUUGGAGGGUGGCCCUUAUGUGACAAGAGCAUUUAUAGGCCUCUAAAAGAAGCUAAAUCGUCUCAAGACAAGCUGUUUGGAAAGCAAAGGGCCAGUGGCUGUGCCUGGGGGAGCUGGAGCAGGAUCCCUGCAGGGUGGGCGAUGCCCCAGGCCUGUCCCUGGAGCAGGAGCGUUUGGACAAUGUCCCCAACAACGCUGGAGCUCCCGCUCAGCCCUAGAGGGAGCCGGCAGUGGGGCUGGGACGGGAGCAGAGUCCCCACAGAAGAUCUUGGAACCUUGGGUGAGCCCCAAAAGCUGCAAAACCUCCUGCAAGUGGAGGGAGCCAGGGAGAAAAGCCCCAGCGCUGUCCACACCAGGAAUAUGACAGUUCUGGAGAGCAGGGAAUGAAAGCAGAGAAUUGCUUGGAAGCCUGGAAACAAUCCCUUGGCAGUACUGGUUUGUAGUGGGUUGUUCUCAUCCUGUGCUAUCCUCUGCUGCUGCUUUGCUCUGUGUUUUCCUGGGCUUCUGUGGAGGAGCUGGACUCUCUGAAGGAGCCAGUGUUUCAUCUGCUGGGCUGUGCCUGGCAUCUUGCAGUCCAAUUCUUACAUAAUCCAAUUGAAAUGGAUGGAUUGUUUAGAAAUGAAUAAGGAAGGGUAAUUAGCUUAUUCUUUCCAUGUAAAUAAAAUGUCUCACUACACAGCUUCAGUGACAGUAGAGAAGGCAAACACUUGAAAAUGCAAGGAAAAGAUGACAAAAAAAACCCCAAACACAAAUCAGGAGAAAAUUUGCUUUGUGUCAAUCAUGUUUUCCUGUAACAAAGUGAACUGAAGUGGGUCUGAUUUAGGAAAAUCUCUCUUUCACACUGUCCCACAAUUCCUCUUUGUCUCAGAGCAAUGUUCCUGGCUCCUGGGAGAACUUCCCGGGCUGCUCCCAUCCAGGUGUGCCAGCUCGUGUCCUGGGGGAGGCGGCAGCUCCCUGACAGCUGCAGCCCGAACCCCUGGGCUGGAGAAAGGAUUUAUCCAACAGCCUCUCUGGCAUGAAGGCAUCCAGGAUUUGAUGGAAUAAAAUGUUUUCCAUGCUUAGGGAGAA